GCUUGAGAGUUGAGAGUUGAGAGUAGGAGACGGAGGGAGUGAGCCGCCGCCGAGCAUGGACAUCCAGGCGCUGCCCCGCCGCGACCUCCAGGCGCUGUGCAAGCGCAACGGCAUCCGCGCCAACAUGACCAACGCCGCCAUGGCCGACGCCCUCGCCGCGCUCCCCGCGGUCGAUGGGAUUCAGGACUACGCCAAGCCGCCCGUCGCCGCCCAACCUACGCCUGUGCCCAAGGCGGCGGUUCCGGCGGUCGCGGCAGAGGAGGAGGAGGGGGAGAUGCAGGGGAUCUCCCUCCCCGGCGGCCGCGGCGUCGCGCUCACGGCCCCCGAGGUCAUCGUAGUGGGCGACGGCGAAGAGGAGGACGAAGAUCUUAUGCCGGCACUUGGACCGGGGCGGCGCCGUGCCAGCCGGCGGCCACGGGUCGAGCCUGUGGCCGUUCCGGCUACGAGGAGAAGGGCUGCGGCAAGUACUGCCGAGACAGCUGCAGAUGCCGUGCCGGGUCGGACCACUCGCUCCCGGAGCCAAAGGGUGGCGGUGCCGGCGCCCGAACCAAGAUGGACGCCGAGGAGAACUGUGGCGAGGAAGACUAAUACAGAGAAGGAAGAAGAGGAAGAAAAGGGAGCACAAGGUAAUGCCUCUGAUGAUUGCGCUGUUGAUUCGUCAGAGCAGGCCGAUGUUCAGUGUGAGGCCAGUGAAGAGAUUCAUCCUGCCAGUGAAGAUGCAAAACCGGUGCCUGUCAUCAGCGGUGAGGCUGCCGAGCAAGUUGAUUUCACCAGCGGUGUCGCUGAGGCGAAUAAAGUACCAACUUCUGGUAGUGCAGCAAAAGCAACUGAGGAGAAGGAGCCUGUGGCCGCUCCGGCUAGGACUACGAGGAAAAGGGCUGCGGCAAAUAUGGCCGAGGUUGCCACGGAGGCUGUGCCGGUUCGGACCACUCGCGCCCGUAGCCAAAGGGUGGUGGUGGUGUCGGCACCAGAGGAGGAGACACCCAAAGCAAGACGGAUGUCAAGGAGGGCUAUGGCAAGGAAAACUAGUACAGAGCAGGAAGAGGAAGAAGAAGGGAUGCAAGGUGAUGUUUCUGAUGAUUGCGUGGUUGAUUCAUCAGUACAAGAGCGGCAUGAUGAUGUUCAUGAGUCUCGGGAUUCACCAGUUUUCCAGAAUGACACUGCUUCCAGUGAGGAGAUUCAUCAUGCCAGUGAAGAUACAGAAAUGGCCGCUGUCAAGGACGUGCCGUUGGCCAUGCUAUCCGAUGAGGCUGCCACCAGCGGCGCCAGUGAGGAGAAAGAAGUACCAACUUCAGGUGAGAAGCUUGAGAGCGCAGCAAAAGCAAUUGAGGAGGAGCCUGUGGCCACUCCAGCUACAACAACGAGGAAAAGGGCUGCGGCAAGUAUGGCCAAGAUUGCCACAGAGGCUGUGCCUGCUCGGACCACUCGCGCCCGUAGCCAAAGGGUGGUGGUGUCGGCACCAGAGGAGGAGGCGCCCAGAGGAAGACGGAUGUCGAGGAGGGCUGUGGCGAGGAACACUAGUGCAGAGCAGGAAGAGGAAGAAAAGGGAUUGCAAGGUGAUGUUGCUGAUGAUUGUGUGGCUGAUUUCACCAGCGGCGCUAGUGAGGAGAAAGAAGUACCAACUUCUGGUGAGAAGCUUCAGAGCGCAGCAAAAGCAAUUGAGGAGAAGGGGCCUGUGGCCACUCCAGCUACAACUACGAGGAAAAGGGCUGCGGAGGCUGUGCCUGCUCGGACCACUCGCGCCCGUAGCCAAAGGGUGGUGGUGUCGGCGCCAGAGGAGGCGCCCAAAGCAAGACGGAUGUCGAGGAGGGCUGUGGCAAGGAAGACUAGUACGGAGCAGGAAGAGGAAGAAAAGGAGACGCAAGGUGAUAUCUCUCAUGAUUGCGUAGUUGUACAAGAGCUGCAGGCCGAUGUUCAGCAGUCUCAGGAUUCACCAAAUUUCCGGAAUGACACCAUUUCUAGCGAGGAGAUUCAUCUUUCCUGUGAAGGCACAGUAAUGGUGCCCGCCAAUGAAGUGCCGCUGGCCAUGCUGAAAUCUGGUGACGCUGCAGAGGAAGUUGAUUUCACCAGCGGUGCCAAUAAGGAGAAUGAAGUACCAACUCGUGGUGAGAUGCUUCAGAGCGCAGCAAAUGCAAUUGAGGAGAAGGAAGAUAUGGCUGGUGUUGAAGAAGAGGCAGUGGUAGCCACCGAUGAGAUGUCACAGAGGUCAGCAACAGUGGAGGAUCGUGUUAUUGAAGUGGUCACCAUCGACAACCUGUCGCAAGCCGCAGUAACAGACGACGAGGGUGCCGUCAAAGAGAGUGGAUUCAGCUGUGACAUCACAGGUUUGUCCGUUCAAGAGAAGGUAGUGGUUGCAGCCAACUGCAUGCCACAGGGCUUAGCAAAACUUGACCAGAGUGUUGAGCAGGUUGUCACCAUUGAGAACCUGUCGCAAGCCACAUUAACAGAUGACGAGGGUCCAAUCAAGGAGAGUGGUUUCAGCUGUAACCUCGCUGAUGUGUCCGUUGAAGAGAUGUCACAGAGAUCAGCCAUAUUGGAUGAGAACCUGUCACAAGCCACAGUAACGGAGGACGUGGCCACCAUCGAGAACCUGUCGCAAGCCACAGUAACAGAGGACGUGGCCACCAUCGAGAACCUGUCGCAAGCCACAGUAACAGAGGAUGUGGCCACCAUCGAGAACCUGUCGCAAGCUACAGUAACAGACGAUGAAUGGGUAGUCAAAGAGAAUGCUUUUGCCAGUGACCUUCCGGCGGUGUUCGACACUGCCAGAGACUUCAGUGGUCACAUUGCAUCGUCGCUGUCUGCAGGCAUGCGUGAAAUUCCUACCAAGUCCCUGUCCAUCAACUCCAUUACUGAAUCUGUGGCAGUGGAAAGAGUGAAGGAAGUGAAGGAAUGUGAAGCAUUGGGUAGCCUUAGCCUAAGGAAGCUUAAGAUGAAGGUCAAGGAGAAGGUGUCAGUGGAACUGGAGAAGAAAGACAAGGAAUGUAAAGCAUUGGGUAGCCUUAGCCUAAGGAAGCUUAAGAUGGAACUCAAGAAGAAGGUGGUAGUGGCACAGAAGAAUGAGGUGCCACUGUUUAUGUACAGUAGCAGUGGUGGUGAGAAGAACACUUCCGAACCCAUGGGAGUGGAACGAGAGGAGGAAAUGAAGGUAGGCAAUGAAUCCGAAGCAUUGGCUUGCCUUAGCCAAAGGAAGCUUAAGACCAAGCUCAAUGAGAAGGCGGCAGUGACACAAGAGAAUGGCGUGAAGGAAGGGAAAGAAUCUAAGGCACUAGACGGGCUUAGCCUAAGGAAGCUCAAACUGAAGCUCAAGAAGACGCUGAAUGCUCAGAAGGUAAUCAGCGAAUCGCACCCAUCGAUGUAAUAAACUUAAGUGUAUGCUUUAUGAUUUCGAGUGCUAAGCUGCCAAACAAAUAAAAAACUUGAUUUUGGUA